AUGGACGUCGCAUCGCAACCUGCCAGCGGGCCCGGAGCCAUGGCGUCGAUCCUGCCAGACUCUGAUACACAAUCUGCUUCAUCUCGGGCCUCUCCACAUCCAUCGCCGUUGCGGCAUAGCACCAUUCGCGAGGAAUCAGACGACGAGGAAGACGACGAGUACUACAGGGACUACCAGGACGACUACCACCAGGACUACCAAAACGAGUACCAGCAAGAGUACCACCAGGAGUACCAGCAACAAGGCUACCACCAGGACGGCCACCAUCACCAAGACCACCACCAUCUCCAUCUCCAGACCAACCUCGACCCCGGAACAACCACUGCAACCACUGCAACCACCACCAUUGCCGCGCCUGUUCCUCCGGCUGCCAUACGCACUAGCAUCUCUGCCAGUCACAGCCGUUCCCAGACGCUCGACUACGUAGAUACAUCUGCUCCCACCGUCAUCUCUCCGGUCGUCGCCUCCUCUCUUCCCUUUCGCUUCUCCGGUCCCAUCAAGCGGAAGCCCGUGUCCAGCACCGCGGCGUCGUCCUCGCUUGUCACGCAGUAUCUUGCCCAGGGCUCGCCUCGGGUUAACACCACCACCAUCGAGCUGCCCAAGCCCGAUCACAGAUUCGCGCGGUCACCAUCCGUCGACAGUCCCACCUUCUACGAGUACCCUGCCUCUGUCAAGGCCCCGGUGCAAGCUCCUCAACAAGAGUCCCAAUCCAGAACAGCGCCGGCGCCAAGCGACGACGAAACAGUCACUGCUUCGGGAAACAAUUCCACCCACGGUGGACCUUCUUUCGCUGAAACAGCUGACUCGGAGCUCUCUGAUGUCCUGUCAGUGUACGACGAUUUGCUCCCAGAUCUGACACCCGACGGCACUCCCGACGGUGCUUCUGUCAAAGCUCACAACCACAACCACAUCACGGACGCCACCUCCGACGUCGAGUCCAUUUACGACGACGACAACUCAAAUCCUCCUUCAUCUCCCCCCAUGUUAGCACCAAUCAAGCACGCACCUCCGCAUCUACGGCUAGAAAAAGUCGACCCCUCCGCCCGGACAGGUGAAGGGCCGGAUACAUACAUAGACGACUCACCACAGUCAGCAGCAAUAGACGGGUCGCCCAAGCUGAACAAACCGUUGCCGCGGUCACCAGGCGCAACCUCUCCACUGGCGUCUAUUUUUGGUUGGGGAAAUCCUUCACCUUCGGUCACGGAUUUCUCGUCCCUCCCCUCCCCGUCUCCUUUGUCACCGACCGCUAAAGGCUCGGCCAAUGACAACCGACGUUCAACGAACAGCUUAUCAUCCAGGCACACAAAGCCCAAUGCAACAUCAACUCUCGCCCAACAACGUGAAUCGUUCUUCUCCACGCACUCACCACACAUUUCCCAAAAUACAGCCUUGGUCGACGAGAUGGAGGAAGAGCUGAAAGCCAUCAGCUCCGAGCUGGCUGCAUCUAUCCGCCGCGAGAUCGACCUAGAAGAUCUGGCUGACAGGCUCCAGGAGCAAAUCAACAGCGGUCCCCAGCCAACCGGCAGCAAGAGAACAAGCGACUACUUUUCCGACUCUGGCCAUAGCACAGCCAAGCUCAGCGAGUUUGAAUUGGGCCGAGACGAAAUCGAAAAGGUUCAAAGGAGGUCGGAGCAGGAGAAAGCUUCACUUCGCCUUGAACUGACAUCCAAACUACAAGAAGAGAGAGAAAAGCGGAAGGAUCUCGACCAGAAGAUUAGGCAGCUUCAAGAGAGAGCUUCUGAAGUGGAUGUGGUCGAGAUCAACAACAUAGACGCCAGCGAGCGCAUCAAGGAACUGGAGAACACAUGCGAGGAGCUGAGGCGGAAACUGUCAGAAGAGCGCCAGUCCAAGGCCAAUUUUGAAGACAUUCUAUCUGCCCUCAAGAGCCAGCUGCAGGAAGCCUCCGAUGAGCGAGAUAAUCUCCGUGAUGAGGUUGUUCCGGAGCUGAAAGCGAUGCAGCAGGAGCUUCACACCCUGAAGCGCGAGAACAGCUCACUGCGCAACUCCAUGGCUGGCGGCUUGGAAGACUUGCCCACCAAGCGAAUGUCGAACUCAGUGGGACUUGGGCGCUCAAACUCGGUUGCAAACCCUCGAAACCGGGCACCUCCCGGAGUUGGCGGCCUUAAGAGAUCCGAUAGUUUCAAGGCGGCUACGCAGGGAGAGUCUAGAGAUACUUUGCUCGAGCGAUUGAAAGACGUGGAAGAGCAGCGUGAUGCUCUUCACGGCGCUCUUAAGAGUCUCUUGGAACGACACGAGUUCCAAAACCGGGAGUACCAGAAGAAGAUUCGCAUGCUGGAGAAUGAGCGCCAGCGACUCACGAAUGUCUCGCCAAGAAAAGCUGGCUUCGAAAAGGAUAUGUCCAAGCUGCGGACGGAAAUCAAUCUCCUUCGACGACGCGCCGAAGAUGCUCUCGAGCAGAAAUGGCAGGUUGAAAAGGGCCUUGGCGGCCUGAAGAUUGAUCUUGACCGAGCUGAGGAAGAGAUUCAGUCUCUCCGUGGUCUCCUCGAGGAGAACGAUAUUCUAAUUCCUCCCUCCCUUGCUCGCCAGAGCAGCUCUAGCGACUCUGCACGUGAGCCCGUUACCUCCGAGUCUCUCCGAAAUGCGUACACAGAGCUACAGGCUUCAUACGCCGAGUCUUUGGAGCGCAUCCGCCAGCUAGAAGCGGACUCUAACUCUGACGAGGAAACUAAGGAGGCCAUGGAACGCCUGGAGCGCUCACUCUCCGCCGCAGUUUUGGAGCGUGACGCAGCCAGGAGGGAGAUUGACCAGCAAAAGAUUCAGAUCAAUAUCCUCGCGGCAAGUGAUGCCGAAUCGGUUGCGGCUGACAACACUCUGGCGGAGCAGCUCAAAGAGUCUGCCGAGCUUAUCGAGCAGCUCACCGCUCAGGUUCGACAGCAGCUAGAUACCAACUCCGAGCUUCGGGAGCGUCUGGAAGCUGCCGUCGCCAGGGGAGAGGCUGAUCGCAAGACCAACUCGCAGCGCAUUUCGGAGCUCCAGGAGCGUCUUCGUGUUCUGGAGGACCAGGUCGUCGCCGCCCAGACUGCAUCAGAGGACCGCGUCGUCCGCCACGAAGAGGAAAUUACCAGACUGCGUGAGGCGCACAAUGAGCAGCUACGCCGCCUUCAGGCCGACCCCUCUGAUCCCUCUGCGCACAAGUCAGGCCCUAAGCCGCUGCUGAGCACCAAACCCAUCCCUGCCAAGAGCCUCGAGGAAGAGGCUGAUAUGAAGACGCUUCGGGCGCGUGUCCUUGAGCUUGAAAAGGCCCUCGCCGAAGCAGAGGACGAGAUGCAAGAGGUCGUGGCUAAGAUGAACAUGGCUCAAGUAGAAGUCCUUAACCUCCAGGAGGACCGCGAGGCCGCAGUUCGGGAGACUAGGCGACUUGAACAGCUGCUGAAGAAGGAGCAGUCCAAGGCUGGCUUUGGCGGAUUCUUUUCUGCUCGAAGCUGA